UGAGGCAGAGUCGGUACCGCCAAGGGAAGGGACAGGCGUCCAGGGAGGGUACUGGUCGGGGAGAUCCCAUGGACUCUUGUCUCUGCCUGGUGCUCCUGCAACUGGCCGUGGCACUGACCAGUGGGAGUGGGUUCCAGGUGCUGCAGCCGAGGUACCUGGAGGCUACAGAGGGUGGGUCCGUCACUCUCCCCUGCUCCUUCACCUACCCGGGCAACUCCACACCCCAAGACAUUGACGUCAGGUGGAGAGUUCACAAUUACCUCAAGAACUAUAUCUUCAGUUCUCCGCAAUACUACGUACACGCUGAAUACCAAGGCCGGAUCGAGUUCCUGGGCUCCCCACUUCGAGACAAGACAGGCUCCAUCCGCAUAAAUGAUCUAAGGGAGAAGGACUCCAACAUGUACUUCUGUGUCGUGGUGAUCGCAGGAGAACAAGAAACAACUGCUGGAACUGUCCUGUCAGUGAGAGCACGGACCAGUAGGAAUGGGUUCUGGAUCGAGCAACCGGGCUACCUGGAGGCUGCAGAGGGCGGGUCCGUCACUCUCCCCUGCUCCUUCACCUACCCAGCCACCUUCGCACCCCGAGACAUUGUCGUUAGCUGGAAACUUGGUGACUUUUAUGGGAGAAUUAUAUUCAGUUCUUUGAAGAACCACACAUCCAGUGAAUACCAAGGCCGGAUCGAAUUCCUGGGCUCCCCAUUUGAAAACAAGAUGGGCUCCAUCCGCUUACUCCAGCUGAAAGAAAGUGAUUCCAACUUCUAUUUCUGCCGUGUGAAUAUUUUGGGAGAACGAAAAGAGAGUUGGCAAAGCAUCUGUGGGACGUUUCUGUCAGUGACAGAUGAGCCCGUUAUCACAGUGAUUGCCUCAAGCAAGACGGGCUGGCUGUUUCCCCUGUUGGGGGUCUGUGGGGUGCUGCUGCUCUGUGCGGGACUGGCUGUCGGGAUUUGGGUCUACAAGAGGAAGAGGAGCGCAGAGAAUAUUAAGAAAGAAGGCUCCCCAAGCAAUGCAGCUGAUGAACCUCAGCAUUAUGCCACUUCUAAUGUGGCCGCUUCUAAGGAUGAUGGUUCGGAAGGGAUUGUCUACUCGGUCGUACAAGCCAAGGGAAGGCCGGCAGCAGCCAGAAACGUCGCCCAUUCUGAGCAGAAAUGUGUGUACGCAGAUAUUAGAUUCGGGGCUGAGACUAACUAGACUUCCUGUGUCACCAGGAUAUCUGUCUUCAAAAUUAGUCAAGAUAUUAGCACACACGUGGUACAUGCACUUCCACACACCACACACAUGUACACAUAUACCACACAGAUGCAUACACAUGCACACAUGCAUCACACAGCCGACACACUACAUACUGUGUACAAACAUAUAUACAUGUAUGCUCUGCAGGUACAUAGAAACAUAUGCACACGCACACACACAUACUUCACAAACACACACACCUAUGACCAUAAAUACAUCACAACCGCAUGCAUCUCACACACCAACAUAUCUCAGACAUAAAUGUAUCUCACCCACAUACAUGUACCUCACACACAUGUAUCUCAUGCACACAUGUACCUCAAACACAAAUUACCUCACACACAUACAUGUACCUGACACACAUAUCUCAUGCACAUGUUUAAACACUCAUGUACCUCACACACACAUGUUCCUCACACGCAUGUGUACCUAACACACAUAUGUACCUCACACACACACGCACACACACACACACACACACACACACACACACACACACUUACCUCACACAAAUGUGCACAAACACCUUCCACUCACCACACACUAACCGCAAUAAAACAGAAUAAACCAGGACUGAGAGACACCGGUCAGUAUACAGAUAUUUCCCUGAGAAAGAGGGACUGAGAGACACGGUAGUGUAGCGGUUAGCGUAACACUAUUACAGCGCUAGCGACCCAGGUUCAAUUCCAGCCGCUGCCUGUAAGGAGUUUGUACGUUCUCCCCGUGUCUGUGUGGGUUUCCUCCGGCUGCUCUGGUUUUCUCCCACAUUGCAAAGACGUACGGGCUAGGAAGUUGUGGGCAUGCUAUGUUGGCGCCGGAAGCGUGGUGACACUUGUGGGCUGCCCCCAGAACACUCUACACAAAAGAUGUAUUUCACGGUGUGUUUCAAUGUACAUGUGACUAAUAAAGACAUCUUAUCUUA